AUGGGUUCUGUUCCCGCCGAGAUUUCACUGACCGGCAGCGGUCGCCUCCAGGGCAAGAAUGCCGUCAUCACCGGUGCUGCUGGUGGCAUCGGUCUUGAGACCAGCAUUCUCUUUGCUCGCGAGGGCGCCAAUGUCCUCAUGGCCGAUAUUUCUGCGCCUGCCCUCGACAAGGCUAAGGCCAAGGUUCUCGCCUUGAUUCCUUCGGCCAAAGUCGACACAAAGCUGUGUGAUGUAUCCAAGGAGGACCAGGUUCAGGCCCUCGUGGAGGCCCUCGACCCUGCCGGCGGUCUCGACGUCAUCUUCAACAAUGCCGGUAUCAUGCACGCCCGCGACGACGAUGCCAUCUCGACGCCCGAGGAGAUCUGGGACCUCACUCACAACAUCAACGUCAAGGGCGUCUGGUACGGCUCCAAGCACGCCGUCCUCGCCCUGCGCCGCCACAAGAAGACCAAGGGCUCCAUCAUCAACACGGCCUCGGUCGUCGCUCUCGUCGGCGCCGCGACGCCCCAGCUUGCCUACACAGCCUCCAAGGGCGCCGUCCUCGCCCUGACGCGCGAGCUCGCCAUCGUCCACGCCCGCGAGGGCUUCCGCUUCAACUCGCUCUGCCCCGCCCCCCUCAACACGCCCCUGCUUCAGGACUGGCUCGGCGACGACCAGGCCAAGCGCCAGCGUCGCGAGAUUCACUUCCCCACCGGCCGCUUCGGCGAGGCCGUCGAGCAGGCCCAGGCCGUUCUCUUCCUCGCCAGCGACGAGGCCAGCUUUGUCAACGGCCACGACAUGGUCGUCGACGGCGGCAUGACCAAGGCCUACGUCACCCCCGAGGGCCCCGCCUCGGCGGCACCCGCCAACUACGCAAGCCUCGCCUCGAGUCAGUAG